CAGCUGAAUAACUGAAAAUUCAAAUUUCACGUCCAAGCGUCCUCAAUCUUACAUACAAGUGACACAUACAAGUGUUUACAAGUGUUCACAAGUCAUUACGAGUUCAGCGGAAGAUGUUUGCGGACUUUUUAAUUUUGUGUGUUGCCUGGUAAAAAUAAGCAAUGCAUCAGAGUCAUACAGUCAGACGUAGAUCAUCCAGUAAUCCCGUAAGGAUAUCCGCUAUCGAACGGGAAGACAAGAGCUUAACUCGGAAUGAUCAACGAAGGACGCAAACGCUGAAAUCAAAGGGAAUCUCGAUUGGUGAAACCUCUCAUAUUCCCAGACCUCGUUUUAGAAGUUCGUCCAGCGAUAGAGCGGGAUCGCUCGGCAGAAAAUCAUAUUUGAAAACAGGCAAGACUCCGCUACAUCAACCGACAACUCCAAUCACUCCAGCAAGACUUUCUACUAAGCUUCCACAAAGUGUAGUACUCACAGCAAGUUCGAGCAGACUCCAUGGGUCGUUACCGAUAGGUCGAUCGCCGUCCGGCGAUCGUGCUGGCACCGUGGGAUCUAAGGGUCCUAGAAAAGAUACAAGACCCCUAACAGAUAAAACUUACCAGAUGACCCUACUGAAUAAAAUAGAUAAUUUUUUUUAUGUAAAUCAGUGCUCAACAAUGCUAAACAGCAACGGCAGUUUGAAACCAAUCACAUUAAAAAUGUUCGUGGAAGUUUCUAAUUUCUUAUUGAAGUACCUUGAUAUCAAACAAGAUCUUACAAUGACAAAUUAUGUAGAUGAAUUACCAAAAUUUGCGAAGAAGCUACACUAUCCUGGUGUGAUGACUAAAUCAUGGCUAAAGACUGCCAAUGCUAUGCAUUCAUGGCCUUAUGUUCUUGGUUGGAUCGGCUGGUUGGUAGAAGCAUGCCAAGUAAAAGAAAUUGCAUUGAAUAGAUAUGAAUUAGAAACCUUGCCAUUCAUAGGAACACAGCAGCAAGCUCAAAGUUACAGCAUGGAAUUUCAAGCAUUGUUGAAAUGUUAUAAAGCUUGGAAUGAUGAAAAACUUGACGAGGAAGAAAAACUAUUGAAUCGAUAUCUUCAAGAUGUUUUAGUUCAACAGGGCAUCACUGAUGAUGAUAUAGCUCAGGCACAUAAAGAGUUAGAAGAAGAAAACAUAAAGUUACAAAUCCAUGAAAAAGAGUCGCAAAAACUCAAUGAAAAAAUUGAACAUCUGCAACAAAAAUUAGCAUCUUUGCGUGCUAAGGAAUCUAAACAAUUAAGUAAUAUUAAUACCAUGGAGGAUUAUAUAAACCAAGUUUCCACUGAGACAAAUCAAUUGAAUGUAGAACGCGAAUUUUUAAAAGAACAAAUUCGGAUAGGAAAUAUACAGUAUGAAGAAUUGAGUUCUACUGUGAAAAAUCAACCUAUGUCCAAGAUGGAAAAGGAGGAGAUACUUAAAAAAUGCACAGAAAUACAAAACUAUAUUCAUCAAUUUGAUGAACAUUUGAAAGAUUAUCAAAAAGAAUUAUACACUUUAGAUAUAAAAUUAGCAUCUUUUAAUAAUAAUCUCAAUAAAGCAAUAUUAGCAUAUAAUAAGGAGGUCUUCAUGCAUAUUGACAAUGAUGGCGUGAAUUUCGAUGAAUUAAAGCUUCCGGAAAAAGGAUUGUUAAAUCCGCAGAUAAUGGACGUAAUGAAAGAAAAGGCAGCUUUAAUAAAGACAUUCAAUGAAACAUUGAUGAAGCAAAGCAAUGAAACGGAGUCUUUUAUUCGUUCUGAAACUACAAAACUGGAAAAAUUGCAAGAAAAAAUUAAAUCUUUGCCGGAUGAAAACAAAUUGAAAGAAGACAUGUCUCACAUUAAUAAGAUGAAAGUAGAUGCGAAAAAAGAGAAAACCAAACUUAUGAAACAGAUUGAAGAUCUGAAAAACGAAAUUAAAGAAAUGCAGAAUAUGAUGCCAGAUUUACAAGCAAUAGACCAUGAAAUAGAAGAGGCACAAGACAAAUUAGAUGCGGUCAUAAGAAGAAAGACUUUUCUAGAAAGAACUGCUAAACGAUUUUUUGAAAAAUUGUAUAAAAUUAUAGGUGAACAUAGAAAUGAACUUUAUGAUAUUCUAACAAAAGAUAGAACAAAAUAGAAUUACAUAACUGUAUAAAUAUUUUUAUACUUAUAUGCGCUGAUUGUUUUAUGUAUCUUCAUUUUUUUCUUAAAUAAAUAGAGAUAGACACAUAUUUACCUGAUAGGUAAAUUUACCUUUGGAACAACCGGAAAUUGGAACAAUCAGCCAUAUGCCUACCAUCUCUUAUUUGUAUCAUACAAUCUUAUUACACUAUAUUGUGUAUUACUGUGAUUUCAGUAAUACUGUCAAUACAAUAUUGUCGCAUCUUAUUAAAAUAUAAUGUGUACAAAAAGUAUUUAUUUCAAAUAAAGAGUUUAUAAAUAUGUCUUUCUCGCAGAACUUUCGUGCGCAUUACUUAUGUACAAAUAAAAUAGACGUACGUUC